ACCGCCAACCCCAUUUCGCUGCACAAAAUUUCCUAUUGGUUCGUUGUAGGAACUCGUCGUGCCAGCGAAACGAAACCCUAGACCCGGGAGAAGGCGAGCAAGGGAAGACGAGUCUUGGAGAAAACAAGAAUAGAAAGAGGAAAGGAGGCGAACGGAUCGGGAUCUGCCAUGGCGUCGCAGAAAGAUCGUGAGAACUAUGUCUACGUUGCGAAGCUCGCCGAGCAAGCCGAGCGGUACGAUGAGAUGGUGGAUGCAAUGAAGAAGGUGGCGAAGCUCGACGUGGAACUUACGGUGGAGGAGCGUAAUCUACUUUCUGUUGGGUACAAGAAUGUGAUUGGGGCGAGGAGGGCGUCCUGGAGGAUUCUGUCUUCGAUCGAGCAAAAAGAGGAGGCCAAGGGGAACGACCAGCAUGUGAAGAGGAUUAGGGAUUAUAGGCACAAGGUGGAGUUGGAGCUCUCCGACAUCUGCAGUGACAUCAUGUCUGUUAUUGAUGAGCAUCUUAUUCCAUCGGCUGCUGCUGGGGAGUCCUCUGUGUUCUACCAAAAGAUGAAGGGUGAUUAUUAUCGGUACCUUGCGGAGUUCAAAAUUGGAACUGAUAAGAAAGAAGCUGCUGAACAGUCAUUGAAAGCUUAUCAGGCAGCUUCCAGUGCUGCUGAGGCAGAUCUUUCUCCUACUCACCCAAUUAGACUGGGUUUGGCAUUGAACUUCUCUGUCUUUUAUUAUGAAAUAAUGAAUUCUCCUGAAAGGGCCUGCCAUCUUGCUAAACAAGCUUUCGAUGAAGCUAUUUCUGAGCUUGACACAUUGAGUGAAGAGUCAUAUAAAGACAGCACUUUGAUUAUGCAACUUCUGAGGGAUAACCUCACCUUGUGGACUUCGGACAUAGCAGAAGAUGGAGCUGAUGAAGCAUCAAAAGACGGCAGCACCAAAGCUAAUGCUGGCGAUGAUGCAGAGUGAAUUUGGAACUAGAUACCCUGCCUAAGAUUAAGAAAAUCUUCCUUGGUAUUUUGUUGUUUUAGUUGAGAUUUCCAAGGCUUUCUUUGAUUUUUAUUUGCCAGCCUUGAACAUGCUUCUCUUCUGUUUGCAGACAAUUUGCGCUUCUUUUACUAAGCAGACCACUAUAAAUUAAUUUGAUGCCUCGGAGUGUUUAUCAAACCUUGAGAUCUAUUUGAUACUAUUAUGCGUAAUGGUUUUUCUUUCUUUUA